AAGACAGAAGGACAGGACCCGGGCACUGGAGCAGCAGAGCACCUCCCAGCUCAGUGAGACACCUGGCCUUCACUCUGCUCUGCAAGCGCCCACACUCCCAACCCUUCCCCACUCCCUCCCCCCCUUGGGCUGCUGACCCCACCAACCCUUCUUGCUCUUCUCUGGAUCCCACCCACACUACUGCUGCCUCCCUUCUUCCAGUCCUCCCUCUGUCUCCCCACCCCCAGAGUCCCUGUCUUGUCUUUUUAUCUCCUGCAGAACCUCUUUGUCCAUCUGCCCCCUUUCCCUCUGGAGGACUCUUGGGGGGACAGGUCUAAGGGGAGAUGUGGGAGGCUCAGUUCCUGGUCUUGUUGCUUCUGCACCUGCUGUGGCGGGCCCCAGCGGAGACUCCAGGCCCUGGGGAUGAAGUCCAGGUGGUGUGGGCCCAGGAGGGGGCGCCUGCUCAGCUCCCUUGCAGCCUCUUCACCCGGCUCCAGGACCUCAGCCGGCUGCGAACAGGAGAGGUCAUUUGGCAGCACCUACCAGACAGCCGUCCCGGGGGGCCUCGCCCGGGGCCCGCAUCGCCCUCCCCCAGGGACCACGGCUACACGGUGCUGAGGCUGAGCCCCGGGGGGCUGCGCAGCGGGAGGCCGCCCCUGCAGCCCCGCGUGCGGCUGGAUGAGCGCGGCCUCCAGCGCGGGGACUUCUCGCUGUGGCUGCGCCCCGCCCAGCGCGCCGACGAGGGCGAGUACCGCGCCUCGGUUCGUCUCCGGGACGGCGCCCGCGCCCGCGCCCUGGCCUGCCGCCUCCGCCUGCGCGUGGGUCGGGCCUCGGUGUCCGCCAGACCCCCGGGGUCCCUCAGAUCCUCGGGAUGGGUCAUUUUGAACUGCUCCUUCAGCCGGCCUGACCCCCCAGCCUCUGUGCACUGGUUUCGGGGUCAAGACAGAGUUCCGGUCCAGAAAUCCCCCCAAUACCACUUUGCUGAAAACUUCCUUUUCCUGCCCCAACUCAGCCCCUCAGACUCCGGUCUCUGGGGCUGCAUGCUCAUCUACAGGGAUGGCUUCAAUGUCUCCAUCAUGCACAGCCUCUCUGUUCUGGGUCUGGAGCCCCUAGUCCCUCUGACUGUGUAUGCUGGGGCAGGGUCCAGUGUGGAGCUGCCCUGCCACCUGCCUCCAGGAUUGGAGAGCCAACCUCCCUUCACUGCUCAGUGGGUCCCUCCUGGGGGAGUCCCGGACCUUCUGGUGGCUGGAGACAAAGGCAACUUUACUCUUCGCUUAGAGGCUGUGAGUCAGGCCCAGGCUGGGACCUACACCUGCCAAGUCCAUUUGCAGCGGCAGCAGCUCAGUGCUACUGUCACUUUGGCCAUUAUCACAGUGACUCCCAAAUCAUUCGGGUUACCUGGCAGCUUGAGAAAACUGCUUUGUGAGGUGACCCCGACUUCUGGACAAGAGCGCUUUGUGUGGAGCCCCCUGGACAGGCAGUCUCAGCGGGGAUCCCCAGGCCCCUGGCUGCAGGUACAGGAGGCCCAACUUCAUGCCCAGCCCUGGCAGUGCCAACUGUACCAGGGCGAGAAGCUCCUCGGGACAGCCGUGUACUUCUCUGAGCUCUCUGGCCCAGGUGCCCAGCAUUCUGGGGGAGCCCCAGGUGUUUUGAGAACAGGCCACCUUCCUCUCUUUCUCAUCCUCGGUGUCCUGUUUCUCUUUCUCUUGGUGGCCGGAGCUUUAGGCUUUCACAUUCGGAGAAGACAGUGGCAACCGAGAAGAUUCUCUGCCUUAGAACAUGGGGUUCACCCACCUCAAGCUCAGAGCAAAGUAGAGGAAAGACUAGAGCAAGAAGAACCUGGGCUGGAGCUGGAGCCAGAGCCAGAGCUGGAGCCGGAGCUGGAGCCGGAGCCGGAGCCUGAGCUAGAACUUGAGCUGGAUCCCUAGCUGGAAUCUGAGAUGGAGCUGGAGCCGGAUACCAGAGUUGGAGCCGGAACUGGGUCCUGUUCUGAGUACGCAGCCAGCCAGCAGAUGGCUACAACCCCUUCCCAAUAAAGCCCUGUCUGCAGCAA